AUGUCUAUUUGGUUCUUAACCUCUUCCUCAUGCAAUUCAGCAAUUGGUGUAUUAAUUAUCGUUUUAAACAGCGUAAUACAUAAAGCCUACUUCAAUUAUUUAAAUGUUGGAAUGAUCUAUGCGAAGAUCUCUAUACCAUUAUUUACCCUCAACCAAAUCAGUACAAGAUAUAGCGCAAGAUACAACAAUUUAACGGGAAAAGGUAAAGCUAUGACUGUUAAAGAGGUUAGAAGGGAGCCUGUUGUUGUUGAUGAUGAUUGCUUGCGAGCCACCCUUGCUGAUGAUGAUUCAAGAUAUAUUGCUUUUUCGCUGAUUGAUGCAGCAUCAAUAUCCGAUGGUAAGUUGAAUUACUACAUUAAAUUGACCGAACAACUAUAUCACGAAGCUGUUGACACUGCCAUAUCUGACAAGAAGAUUGCAUCUAAGCAGUCCAACCAUUGUUGUCAAACUGAAAGAAUCAGUCAACAAAUGCCAGUUGGGUAUGAAUGUCAUCAAAAUGCAGAAUCGGCUUUAUCGACAUAUGAUUCCGAUGAAGGCGCCAAUGGAUUCAGUGCUGCCGACUCAGAUAGGGCCAAACUUCCUGAAGAGUAUCCAGCUUGGGAAGACCACCUUUUUUUCUUUGAGGAGGGAGAUAUGGUGGUUGAUAUUGACAAUGAACAACUUCUUGUAUCUGAUAAUGAUGAAUAUCUCCUGAAAGAUAGAACUUAUUUCAAUCGAUUAAUCGACUCAAACAAUAUUCUUCGUUUUGUCAGAACUAGAUGA